GGGUCCUGCGUGUGAAGUACGCGGAAGCUACAGGCGGAGGGAGCUUCGACGGAAGCGGUCUGGUCUGUCAAGGGAGGAAAACAUUUUCACCUAAUAUUUGACACAAAGCGGUUUAAUCCUACCAAAUAGCACCGGCAUCCGCUGCGAUGAUCCUCUUAGAAAUUAAUAACCGCAUCAUAGAAGAGACGCUGACGUUGAAGUUCGACGGCGCAUCCAACGGAACCAAACCCGAGGCCGUCGAUGUGACGUUUGCUGAUUUCGAUGGCGUCUUGUACCACAUCUCCAACCCCAAUGGGGACAAGACCAAAGUGAUGGUCAGCAUCUCUCUGAAGUUCUACAAGGAGCUGCAGGAGCACGGUGCUGAUGAGUUACUCAAGAGGGUGUAUGGGAAUUUCCUGGUUUCUCCAGAGGCUGUCGGGGACAACAUCGGAUACAUCACCUUCGUCCUGUUUCCUCGUCACACCAAUGCCAAUGCCAGAGACAACACCAUCAACCUCAUCCACACCUUCAGGGACUACCUGCACUACCACAUAAAGUGCUCCAAGGCCUACAUUCACACACGGAUGAGAGCCAAAACGUCAGACUUCCUCAAGGUGCUGAACCGCGCUCGACCCGACGCCGAGAAGAAGGAGAUGAAGACCAUUUCGUGAGUAGCUUUCAUUCAUGUUCACCGGCGCGCAGAGAAGAACGAGAUAAGGAGAAAAACCACAAGAACAAAAACGUGAAUCUUUGAUUUGAAAUAUGUUGUUUUCGGCGUUACGACUCAUGCUUUAGGAAUCUUUUUCAAGCUCUUUUUUAUUUUUAUUUUYUUUCGGGUGAGAUCUAAAAAGAGGUUUUUGAGAUUUAUUCACGACACACGAUUGCCGUGUUUUCUUUCGUCUUUGUUGCCAUGUUUUGCUUCGGAUUCCUCUGGGAUUACAGCAACAAUAAACUUCUUUGAUAGAGGAYAAUCACUUCACAUGAAUUCCGUGCAGCCAUUUUCUGAUGCAAUUAAUGAAAAUGAAACCCAUCAGUCACUCAUUUAGUUGGAAGCUCGCAGAGAAUUAAAGCAUACCGAAAAAUUCCUAUCACUAUCG